UUUUGAUAUGGUCCACAAGCCAGCUUUGUUGUCCAAACUUCAAAGACUUGGCAUCAAGGGCCAUCUGGCACAUUACUUGUUUAACUUUCUUUCUCAAAACAGGCGAUUUCAAGUCAAGCACCGUUCCAUUUUUUCUACUUACCACGAAUUAGAAAACGGCCUCCCUCAAGGCAGUUGCCUCUCACCAACGCUAUUCAACAUCAUGAUCGACGAUUUAUUUGAUGGCAUUCCUUCCGAUAUUUCUUUCUCUUUAUUUGCAGACGAUAGCGCUAUUUGGUGCACAUCUAGGGACCCUGAUAUAGGCGUACAGCGGCUACAGGGUGCCCUAAAUGUAAUCGAACGCUGGUCCAGAACAAAUGGCCUAGAAUUUUCUGCACCAAAAUCGGCCUUUAUGAUAUUCACAAAAAACAAUAGACUCGAACUCACGCAUCAUCCACAGCUCAAUGAUGUGCCUAUCCCGCUUGUCUCGAGCUUCAAGUUUUUAGGAGUAAUUCUAGACAGGAGGCUGUCUAUGACUCACCACAUAAGACACAUACAAAUAAAAUGCAAGAAAAGACUUAAUCUUUUUCGCUGUCUUACCGGCGCGGCUUCUGGUGCCGACCGAUCUACGCUGCUCCGCCUAUACAAAGCAAUAGUCUUACCAAUAAUAGAGUACGGGUCCGUCGUUUACGCCGGAGGAAGUCGAACGAACCUGCUCAAAUUAGAGGCAGUCCAAAACAACUUUAUUAGAUUAGCGUUAGGUGCAAUGAGAACCUCACCCAUCCACUCAUUGCAAGUUGAGGCACACAUUCUUCCACUACACAUCAGAAGGAUAGAACUUACACUCAGAUAUUACACAAAGAUCAAACAACAUCCAGCUCAUGCCGCUUAUGCAUCAACAUCUGUUCUGCCAAGGCUGCACUUUAGUUAUCUUGGCAGAUGCGAAAGAAGAACGGGACUCACCAUCGCCUCCAGGGUUAAAAAGUACCAGGAUGACAUUGGAUAUGUAUUACCCAGCAUCACACCCCUCCCCCAAUUCUUCAUAUCCCCCUGGACGGCUCGGCCUCUUAGUACUUCUUUUCUGCUCGCAAAUAAAAAACACACCUUUUCUGCAGAUGAGAUACAGCAAACAUUUCUCGAGUACCAGGCGGCUUUUCCUCACUUCCAAUUUGUUUUUACGGACGGCUCCAAGUUAAACAACACGGUCGGCGUCGGCAUUUUUGCUUCCACACUUCCAGAAACAAAGUUGAGACUACAGAACGAUUUAACCGUACACUAUGCAGAGUUGUACGGAAUAUCCCAUGCUCUUCAGCUUGUUAAGCAGCACAAUAUUCAAAAAGCAUGUAUUUGCUCUGACUCAAAGUCAGCAAUUUUAAGUCUUCAACGACCAGAUAUCACACAGCACAUACACCUAAAAAUACUGGAUAUACAUCAACAACUCAUCGAGAGAGAAGCCGAAAUUAGAUUUUUAUGGGUGCCUGGACAUAGUGGAAUUAGCGGUAAUGAGACAGCAGACCGCUUUGCCAAGCAGGCCCUAGCACUGCAACACAUAACUGAAACUCCAUAUGACUACUGUUCCAUUCGUGCCUCCAUUACGUACCAUUGCUACCGCUACUGGCAACGCAUUUGGGACAUAGACGGAGCUGGUACACAAUUACAUAUUAUUAAGCCACUCAUAAGUAAUUGGUCAUCAUCAAAUCGUCAUUCCAGAAAAGAAGAAAAAGCGACGAUCAUCCUGGGUUACUUCAACUUCUCUUCUCUUUUCUCGUUCAAAUAG